UAGGCAUGUAAGAAAAACAUCGAUGAGCGCUAUCGGCAACUCUAUCGAUACACUAUUUAUUUUUUUGGUUUUUCGGCAACACUCUGUUGUGGCACUUCUUGUCAUCGAUAAUUUGUAACCAGCCUAGUUGUAGUAAAUGGCAUUUUGACAGAUACGUAAAUAUCGCCCAUCUCUAACGCUGUGGCCACAAACCAUAGCGUGUAUAUACAUUUUGUGUGUGUGAAAACCUCUGUUCUGGUGUGAAAAAUUUAUAUAUUUUGUUUCAAAUAAAAUAGCAAACGAUUUGGUGGUUAGCAAAUUAUUGCUAGCGUGUCACCGUCGUCACCCUUGACGCUGCGCAGCAAUAGAAGCUGUUUAUUUUUAUAAACAAUUCGCAGCCGCAGAUCGUCGUCGUUGUCGUCGCGUCGCAUUAGAAAUCUUUGGGACCUUCUUGCAAACUACGCAAAACAAUCGUAGCAGCAGCCGUUGCAGUUGCCGCCGCUCAUAGACAACAUGAAUAAAUCCAAGAGCACAGGGAUUUUUUGUUAAUUUGCCGAAUUUUUUAUUCGUGCCAUUAUCAUCGUCAUCUACAUUACCGCACAACCACCCAGGCCAAUAUCCAUCAUCUUCACCUUCGUCUUGUCAGCGGCAUUCAAAAGUUUACAGUUUAAAAAAAGUUAGUUUCUAGUAAACUUAACUCGGCAUAAUCAUCGCUCUCUUUCACACACAUACACACACACACACACACUCAACAAACAGUUCAGUUAUGUCAUCAACCGCCGGCAAACGCAAGGAGAUCUACAAAUAUCUGGCGCCAUGGCCGCUUUAUUCCAUGAACUGGAGCGUGCGUCCAGACAAACGCUUUCGCCUAGCUCUGGGCAGCUUUAUAGAAGAAUACAACAACAAAGUGCAAAUUAUCAGCCUAGACGAGGACACAAGCGAAUUUAGUGCUAAAAGCACAUUUGAUCAUCCAUAUCCAACAACAAAAAUCAUGUGGAUACCAGACUCGAAAGGAAUCUAUCCCGAUUUGCUUGCCACCAGUGGUGAUUAUCUGCGCGUUUGGCGCGCCGGCGAACCCGACACACGUCUCGAAUGUGUUCUAAAUAAUAAUAAGAAUAGCGAUUUUUGCGCACCGCUCACAUCGUUCGAUUGGAACGAAGUCGAUCCGAAUCUGGUUGGCACAUCAUCCAUAGAUACCACAUGCACAAUAUGGGGCCUGGAGACGGGGCAACCGCAUGCUCGUGUCUAUGUUGCGGGCCAUGUGAAAACCCAGUUGAUAGCACACGACAAGGAGGUCUAUGACAUUGCGUUUUCACGUGCGGGCGGAGGUCGCGAUAUGUUCGCCUCAGUUGGUGCCGAUGGCUCGGUACGCAUGUUCGAUUUGCGUCAUCUGGAGCACUCGACCAUUAUUUAUGAGGAUCCUGCUCACACAGCCUUGCUGCGCUUGGCUUGGAAUAAACAGGAUCCCAAUUAUUUAGCCACAGUCGCCAUGGAUUCAUGCGAAGUUAUUAUUUUAGAUGUUCGUGUUCCUUGUACACCUGUUGCAAGACUGAGCAAUCACAGAGCGUGCGUCAACGGUAUUGCGUGGGCGCCGCAUAGUUCCUGUCACAUUUGCACUGCCGGUGAUGAUCACCAAGCACUAAUCUGGGAUAUACAACAAAUGCCACGCGCAAUCGAGGAUCCAAUUUUAGCCUAUACAGCUGCUGAGGGCGAAGUCAAUCAAAUCCAAUGGGGUGCCACGCAACCCGACUGGAUAUCCAUUUGUUAUAAUAAAGCGUGCGAAAUAUUGCGGGUCUAGAGUCAAUUGUGUUGGCCAAAUUGCUGCAAAUUGAUGAUCAACGCACAUACCACAACAACAACAACAAGAACAACAACAGCUACAUACACACCGACACACACCGAUACUCACUCAUUAUACACACACAUGCAUACACAACAUACAUAUAGUCGUAGGUUUUUCUGCGCAACGGAACAUAACGACAACAACAGCAACCCACUCAACCUACAAGAAUCGCAGCUUAUUUGUUAAAUUUUAGUUCCGAUUUGCUGAUAUAGAUUUGUUAUUUUAUUUCUUUAUUUUCGAAAUUUUUUGUAAACUGUCGUUGUCUGUUUGGAACAUGGGCGUCAGUUGAGCUAAAGCUCGUUAUUCCACAAAAAUUCGUUUGGUUUGCUUGCGAGCUUAAACAGCAACAAAUCAAAAAAAAAAAAAAGCAAGCAAACAUUAUUGGCACACAUACAAAGCCACACACAUACACACAGAGACAAACUUAGCUUAGUUGGACAUACAUACAUAAGUCUUUAGGGUAUAACCAAAAUAUGUAUUGCUAAUUGUAGUUUAUUUAACUUGACACACUUUAUUUAAGCGACAACAACCAAAACGACGACAACAAAAACAACACUCUUUUAAACUAAAAGGAGUAGCAUAAACAAAAAAGCCGAGGCGCGCCAUUAUAUUUAUUUUUAAAUUAUUAAUUUUUUGUUCCUGAUUUUAAGAUAUGAGACAACACAAAAAAAAAACAAAAACAAAAAAGAAGAAAAACAAACAAUGUCCUACCUCGUUUUCCAACGUGUAAAUGUUGUAAAGAUUCGUGUCUAGCCGCAGCGAAAUUGCAAACGAUACAAACGAAAAUUACAUAUUACAAAACAAAACAAAAAAA